CAAUUUAUUUUCCUUUGAAUUUUGAUUGCUUUCUAGGACCUCGUAUUUUGCAAGGAAACGAGGAACCGGUUGGGUUUUUGAGGAGAAUUACGUCAUGAGAUUUAUUGAAUGAGUUUAUUGGUUGAGGAAAAAGAAAAAGAAGAACAAAGGAACAGUGAUAGAAGAAGAUGCAAAAGUCCUUCAAAGAUUCCCUCAAAGCUCUUGAAGCUGACAUUCAGUUUGCCAAUACUCUAGCUACUGAUUAUCCAAGAGAAUGUGAUGGCGCCUGCUUGCAAAUGAGAUUGUCUUAUAGCCCAGCUGCUCAAUUUUUCCUUUUUCUGGUUCAAUGGACUGAUUGUCAUCUUGCUGGAGCCUUGGGAUUGCUAAGAAUUCUCAUAUACAAUGUAUAUGAGGAUGGUAAGACAACCAUGUCCAUAUAUGAAAGAAGAGCUAGUCUGAAGGAGUUCUAUGGUGUGAUCUUUCCCUCUUUAUUACAACUCCAAAGAGGAAUCACUGAUGUAGAAGACAGGAAACAAAAAGAGUUAUGCAAUACAAAGUACAAGCCAAAAGAUAUGAUAAGAAAAGGAAAACUAUCUGAAAUUGAUAUAGAGAGAGAAGAAGAAUGUGGUAUUUGCAUGGAGAUGAACAACAAGGUUGUGUUGCCCAUGUGCAACCAUUCAUUGUGUAUGAAAUGCUACAGAGACUGGCAUGCACGAUCUCAAUCUUGCCCUUUCUGUCGGGACAGUCUUAAAAGAAUAAACUCUGGUGACCUCUGGAUCUGCAUGAACAGCAGUGAUAUAGAUGACUUGGCUUCAAUCAACAAGGAGAAUUUAAACAGGCUAUUUAUGUACAUUAACAAAUUGCCUCUGAUGGUGCCAGAUCCUAUAUUCAUGUCUUAUCCUAAACACUUUUGAGUUCCUUUUAGUGAACUCUGGUGACCUUUGCACAUACAUGAGCAGAAGCGAGAUAGUUGACUUGGCUUCAAUCAACAAGGAGAAUUUAAUUUAGCUGCAUUGACAAGUUGUCUCUAAUUGUGUCACAUCCUAUAUCCAAGUCUUAUUCUCAGCACUUUUGAUCUCCUUUUUGUGAAUACUUCAAAUUUCGUUUUGGUUUUGAUCUUCAGUUUGUGUUGAGUUAUUCAAACUGCAAAUGCAUGUUGCUUCCUUUAAAAAAAAAAAAAAAUUCACUCCCCUCAACUUGUAAGUAUAGAGGACGGAAAAUCUUUAUACACAGCCUUUGUUGCUAACAUGUUGCAUUUGUAAAUACAUGUUGCCUUCAUAUUCAAAUAAUAUUUUCAUUCCAGUCCAAAAGUCCUAGUUCAUCUGAAAUGCUGGCAGUCACAUUUAUGCUGCACCCUUAGAU